AAGAAGAAUAUGUUCUCUCAUCUUCACUUAUUGCUUUCGUUUUCAUGGGAAAUGAUCUCUUUUUCUUUUCUUUUUUGAUGCACCAGAAAACUACAAAACCCAUUCCACAUUCUUUUGAAUAUACUUUCUUUUUUUUUUCUCCUUGUAUUCAGAAAACAUUUAAAGUUUGAAACCAUUCAUCAUAUUCGAUUGAUAAUUCAUUAAUUCCGAGCGUAAACGAUUGAAAUAGCCUUUUGCAACCAUGCCAAACUAAUCAUGAAUUGUUGAAAGCAGAACAAGUGAUCAUUGCGUCAAAUAUCUACGUUGCGUCAAUGUGUGUGUUAUGUCAAUAUGUGUGUGUAACGAAAAUCAUGCAUUAUACAGAAAAAAUGCAUAGAUUAUACUUUAAUAGAUAUCGUGGAGGAAAGUUUCCUUUCAUUAUGCAACCUUUACUAACGUGGAAAAAAGGUUCCUAUCAUUAGUCACUUAUUCAACUUUUUAUUUAUAACAUAAAAACUGUCUUUUUAAUCUUUAAACUUUAUUUGUGCUAUAUAAUGUAGAUUUUAUGCGUUGUAGCGGCUCAAUGAACACACUAAACUACUAAAGUUCCUUUGCGGCAGCUCUCUCUCUCUCUCUCUUUAGUUUUUAAUGUUAAAUUCAUGACUAACUACUCAUUUUUGUUACUUUCUCUGUGUAUUUUUAUAAUAUAGAGAAAUAAUCAUGCUUGAUAUAUUCGAUCGUGUGAACACUUACAUGCAAUGGGAUCCACUUGGAUCAUAGUCUCAUGUAGAUUACACCGUACAUUUAUGAUGUUUAUCUUCGAGGAUCAGACAUGAAAUACAAUGAGACUGUCGAGUUCUAAUUGCAGAACAGAAAUUUAAUGAUUCUAACACAACUUAUUCGCCGAGUGAGUUGUAUGAAUUCUUUCAAAAAAAAAAUUAAUCUCAAUUUUAUAUCAAAAUCAAAUAUUUUUUGAUUUUUUUUAAAAAAUAUGUUUCGAAUAAUAGCACUCAAAUGGUAAUAUGACAAGUGACAACACUAAAAACAUCUCCAAUAAUACAUUAUUUUUUCUUCUUCAAUUUAUAUAAAAUAAACUAACUCUAUAAUAGAGUUGUUUUAUUUUAGAAUAAAUUAUAGAAAAAAUAGUAUAUCAAUGGAGAUGGUCUAAUACAAACCACUAAAUUACGUAUUUUUGCUGUUCGAUAAUAAAAAAAACACAUAUAGGUGAACCAUACGUUUUCAUUAUGCCCCGAACGUCUUGUUGCUUUGAACUUUUAAACCAUUAGACUAUCACAGUAUCACUUGGUUAUUUUUGUCAAUGUUUUCAUACAGCUGAUUCGGUUAAAAAAAACAGAUGUACCUAUAUGUACAACUAUUUAUCUAAAACCGGUAGUAUACGUUAUAACGAACACGGAACACUUAAAAUAAAAUAUUGACUGUUAAAUGUUCUGCGUAUACUAAUGUCUCCAAAUAGGACAAAAUCUUACCUACAUGACCGGAAUUUAGAAUAAGAAGAUGAUUAAUUUUCAUAAAUAAUGUUGGUAACUAGAACAAGUUAUGUUUAUUACACACGUGAUCAUAUAUUAAAACAAACGAAUGAACGAUCAUAUCUUAUAUUCCCACUCUGCCAAUAUGCUUUUACUGAUCGACCAAUGGAUUCUCUCGUUACUAAAAUUCUUCCACUGCCUUAUUCUUUAAAUUUUUGUACUGGUAAUAUUUGAAUAUGUACUGUGCUGUAGUGAGUGUAAUACCUUGUAGUUAAGAUGAUACGAUACGAGAUCUAUGUGCAUGGUAGUAAUAUUUGUUUUCGUACGUUUAAAUUUAAGUUCGAAUAGUAGUUAAUUUGCAUAGGAAAAUUUACACAAUUACGUAUUUUCUUGGGAAAAUAUUAUUCAAAACCACUAGCCACACACAGAGGAGAAAGUUAAAGUCUUAUACUUAGGAAGUAAGGAAAGGAAAGAGAGGCUGAUGAUCCACGACACCAGACGCUUCUUCCUUCUACUAAAAGAGAGAGGCUUCAUGGUCACAAAAGCAAUACCUUGUUUUUAUGGUAGAUUCUUAUUUUGUGUCACUCAUAAAUAAAAAUACUUUUAUUUAAAUAAUACAAAUGAACAUCGUUCUAAAAACAUCUUUCCCACAAGGGCAUGAUUGAUAGAAAAAGGUUUGAUACAAAUAUUUGAUUAUUGCAUUGAUCAUAUGUUAGUUCGAUAAUACGCAAUGAAAGGAAUCAUCUAUCACUAAUGGUUAAUUUGUAACUGAUUAACGGUGAUCUUUCUGUGAAAUCUUGAGUUUCAAAUAUUCGAUCAACUGUAUCUAUUUGAUUUGGUUCUUACAGCAUAUACUGAGAUUAAAAGAAAAAAAGCAUAUUACUGAGACUAAAUAAGUGCUAUAUAUUACUAAACCUGUAUUAUAAUGAAUCUUCAAUAAAUAAAAUAAGUAUGUAUUAUAACCAGAUACAUCUAAAUCUAGUAAACUAUAUUAUUUUGUCUGGACUAGAUUAGUUUUUUUUGUUGUUUAUGUUUUUUUCCUGUUUUGCAGUAGAACAUGUACUAUGUUCUCAGCCAGCUUUUAAUUAGUUUAGUAGCUAGAUUUCACCGCUGUGAAUUUAGCUGGUGGUGGUAAGAUUUUAACUCGGCCUAAAACUAAAAAUAAGAUACUAUAAGAAAAUAAAAUAUUUAUAUAUAGUCAAUAAUGUACCGACAAAAGAAAAUAAAAGAAGGAAAUAAAUGGAGGAUCUUCUAUUUUGCAACACAUUGAGUAGUCACAACAUGCUUUGUGAGACUCUCCCUCCCCUUCAAAGAAUAUAUUACUUUACACGUUUUAUUAUUAGUUAAUACUAUCUUUGUAACACUUUUUGUGAAAUGUUAUCAUUCAUUUUUAAAAAUAUUUUUGUUUUAAAGAAUUGUAAUCUUUGCAGUUUGUAUGAUCAUAUAUUUGAUCUUUUGUUUUUAUGAUAUCUAGUGAUUUGUUCGGGUUUGCGAUCAUAUAUCUUCUGGAAUUUUGUUAUCUCCGCGCGAAUCUGCUAAAGAUGAUAAAUGUUUUCAGAAACAAAGCAUUAUAUAAUACCAUUUUCCAUCGUUUGAUACUAUUUGAGACAAAUUUGUUAUUACUAGGUGCUAUACUCACCAAUCACCAUAACACCCAACUGUGAAUAUGGUGAGUAUAAUCCACACCUAGACAAAUUUCUUAAUCAAAGUGAAUAUCAUAAAUCCAUCAUAGGAUGAAUCUGAAUUAAAUUAUUUGUAUAAUGUUGUGCUCUUUAUCUACUAAAAUUCAAAAUUCACUAUGUUAAUGUGAUUCUAAAGAUGUUUAGGGCUUCACUGAUCCCAUCUUAGUCCUAUAUGGGAACAAUUUUAUAUUCUUGCGUACGUUGUUAGUGUUAGAUGAUGUGAUUGUAGAUCGUAACUCUUCCAUUUCGCAGAACCAAACAUGUGGACUGUUUAUGACCAUAUAAGGUAUGAUGUGAUGAACAGCUGAUAAAUUUGAGACUUGAGAUAUAAAAGUUGUUUGUCCACGAGCCAACAAUUACCCAAACACACGCACGUCGUCCUCAACUUGACUUCCAACGAAUAUAUAUUUUCCUCACUCAUAAAGUCAAUUACACAAUUCCUAGAUCAAUUCGCAUCAUAGUUAGUGUCUAUAAUUCUCAUACGUUACCAACUUUGUUUGAUUCUAUUUAUUUGGUAUUUGCCAUUUUUGACAAGUAAGGUACGUGUAAACUUUGGCUAACCGAAUAAUGGUUUAUAUAUUACUUUUAUUCUAUAGUUCUAUGUAAUAUUUUUUCUAAGAACUCAUUUUUCUUUCUUCUUAUAUAUUUUUAAGCAAGCAAUUAAUGGAUUAUAAAUUUGAUUUUGUGGUCCUUGUUAAUUAAGACGCGAGAGUUGAGAGUCUUGAGACCAUGAACCCUUUUAAACUAGAUGUUAAUUUUUCUUUUAAGUGUUUAUAAAGUGUUUGAAUGAAGUCUUUCGCACGUAGUAAUUAGCUCUUUUGGAUCCGCUUAGCUAGGUUGAGAAAUAAUAUAUAUAUAUAUAUGAUCGAUUUUGGACCAAGCCGGAUGAAACGUUUGUGUAAAGCUUCCAAAAAUUUUGAAUUUUUAUAUAUAAAUAGAUCUCUAAAUUUGUAUUAAAACAUUCGGGUUCUCAAAUUAUUGAAACUAGGUGAUUCGUCCACACAUGCGGAUCUAAAUAUUUUAUAAUUACUUAUUAAUACAUCUAUUGCUAAUUAAAAUACUAGAAUGAUAAAUUAUUAUUUAUGUUUUCAUUUUAAAUAAAUCUUAGAAAUUACUUAAUGUUAUUUUUUUCAAUUAUUAAUGAUUUUGCUUGGUUAGUAUUUAGUUAUGUAUUUUAUAUAUUUUAUUUUUUAACUUUUAUUACAAGAUAUUUUCGGAUAACAACACAAUAUAUAUAAGAAUAAUUUUUUAUCUUAUAUAUAUUUUUUAGAUUUUUGAUAAUUCGUACUAUUAUUAUUCAAUCAUCUAAUCAAAAGAAUUUAAAUUCAUUUUUAUUUUUUUGACUAAUUUAUAUAUUUUAUUCAUUAAAAGUAUAAAUAUGAUUAAUCGCUUUAACUUUUAACGUGAGAGUUUAAAUGUGAAAAAUCACUUCGCAAAUAAUAGUAUAGAUCUUUUUAAAACUGUCUAUAACAACUAAAAUCUCAUGACCGGUUAUGUGUAUAUAUACAUACGUUUGAAUUAACUCGUAGUCUUGUACGCUUAUAGUUUGAGCUAAUCUGCCAACUAAAGAUCAUGGAAUUGUUCAACUUCCGAUCUUCCAUACAGAAUCCAGUCACAGAAAAAUAAUGGUUAGAGAGUGACUUUCUCAAUUCUCAUGCAUGAUGCAUGGUGGGUGCACCCACUACUCACAAUAAGCUUGAGAGCAUGUUUACGUUCGGCCCAAACCCUAUAAAAAUAAUUGGGAUCUGUCAAAAUAUUUUCCCUUUGCCUUUGGACCAAAAAAUAAGGCUUUCACCCAAACACAUAGUCAAAUCAAGAAACUAGGUAUGAAAAUUAUAUACAGAUUGGGCCAAAAAGAAUACCGGACUAAUCUAAUUUUUUCCAACCUCUAAAAUUAUUGUCGUACCAGACGUGUAUGUGCUCUUUACACUUUUUUAAAAAUUGUAGUGUGUUUUCUUGAACUAAUUCUUCAGCGUCCCACAGGCGUUUGGGGGACUCCCUAUGAUGCCAAUCCAGGCUAUGACACAGCGGGUUAGCUUUUGAUUUUUCAUAAGAUUGCUAUUUUGUUUCUCUGUUUCUAACCAUUUCUCCUUGUUUUCCUUGUGUUUCUUCAGGCGACUAGGCAUGCUCGCAGAGUAUAUGUUGGUGGCCUUUCCCCUCAAGCAAAUGAACAUGUUAAUUACAUCCACUCUCUUUUUUUCGCUAUGUUCCAGCAUUUGAUACUGACAUUGACUUACUCUCCCGCGUUGCAGUCAGUGGCUACUUUUUUUAGUCAAGUUAUGGCUGCUGUUGGUGGAAACACUGCUGGUCCAGGUGAUGCUGUUGUUAAUGUUUACAUAAAGCAUGAGAAGAAGUUUGCUUUCGGGGAGAUGCGUUUUGUUGAAGAGGCAAGUAACGCAAUAUCUUUGAAUGAGAUUAUAUUUGAGGGAACGCAAACCAAACCGAGAAGAACUAGUGACUAUAACCCAUCUCUUGCUGCAUCACUCAGUCCAAGCCACCCCAGUCCUCAUCUAAACUUAGCUGCUGUUGGUCUGACUCCAGGUGCUUCUGGUGGGCUCGAGGGCCCAGACCGUAUUUUCGUCGGUGGGCUUCCUUACUACUUCACCGAGCUGCAAGUCAGGGAGCUGCUGGAGAGCUUUGGCGCCCUCAAGGGCUUUGAUCUCGUGAAAGAUAGAGAAACUGGCAACUCUAAAGGAUACGCUUUCUGUGUCUACCAAGAUGUCGCUGUUACAGACAUCGCGUGCGCUGCCCUAAACGGGAUCAAAAUGGGAGAUAAGACGCUUACCGUGAGACGUGCGAACCAAGGAACAAUGCAGCCGAAGCCUGAGCAGGAGAGUAUAUUGUUGUAUGCACAACAGCAGAUUGCUUUUCAGGUAAAACUAGUUAUAGUAAUGUUAGUAAUGUCUCUUUUACGGUUAAAUCAAUUGCGGAACUGUUGUCUUUUUCAGGUGAAUAUGUUGCAGCCGGGACCAGUGGCAACAACAGUUGUAUGUUUGACUCAAGUUGUUAAUGAGGAUGAGCUUAGAGACGACGAGGAGUUUGAAGAUAUCAUGGAUGACAUGAGGCAAGAAGGCGGCAAGUUUGGUGCAUUCACCAACGUUUUGAUACCUCGUCCCAGCCCCAGCGGUGAGCCAGUUGCAGGCCUUGGCAAGGUGUUCUUGAAGUAUGGUGAUACAGAUGGUUCGUCAAGGGCAAGAAGCGGGAUGAAUGGUAGGAAGUUUGGAGGGAACGAAGUGAUUGCUGUGUUCUACCCUGAAGACAAGUUUGAUCUGGGAGACUACGGAGCCUGAACUCAUCCCUUGUUUUCUUUGCUUUCUAAGACCUUAAGUUCUCUGUAAGUUUUUUUUUUACUUCAGUUAAAAGACCCUUUGCGUGUGAUUUAAAGACCAAGAGAUGAUUUCAAUGAAAUUUUAGUUAUAAUUU